UCAGCUGUGCCCGCUGCAGGAUUGUCGGCGGCAGUCGUUUCCCAGAGUGUCCUGUGCAAUCGGGGUGGUCGCUCCUGCUGGACGCUACUAGUGUUGCUUUGUUGUGUCAGUGGGGAAAGGAAAAAAAAAGAAAGCACAACCAGCGGCAUCUGAAGUAACGGUGGCUUUUGUCCGAAUUACUCGCUGAAAAAGUGACGAGUCGGUGCGUCGAAAAAGCAGCCCAUCGUCUACGCGCAUAGAAGAAACGCUCACGGAAGGUGUCGGUGGUGCAGUGUGUAUUUCUCUUAGCCCUCCGGGUGUUCCCUAUGAGCCCGGGUGCGUCGUGCCCGAGUGCCAGUCGAGUCGCGUCCCAUGCCUUCAACGUCGUCGCCGCCAGUGCCGUCCUCCGCGAUGCACAGCAACACAGCAGCCGCCACAGGCUGCGGCGAAGUGCGGCGGACCCGGAGCAUACAGCUGCCCGAGCAGCUUGCCGUCUUCAGGAACCUCAAGAACGCCAAGCGGUUCGCGAUUGACAUAGGAGGAUCGCUGACCAAGAUAGCAUACUACUCUACAGUGUCACACAAGCGGGCCGUCUACAACGCCGACUUCCAGAAGAAUGGCAGCUGCGGCGGCGAGCACGAGUCGGCCGGGCCCGGCGCGGAGUCUAGCCGUGAUGGCGUGCCGUGGGAGCGCGAGGUGGAGACCGGCCGGCUGCACUUCGUCAAGUUCGAGACGCGCCACAUCGAGGCGUGGCUCCGCUUCGUCCAGGAGGAGCUGCUGCGCGACGGCAGUCCGCCGCGGCUGGGCGGAAGCGUCAAGCUCACCGGCGGGGGGGCCUUCCGACACCGGCAGCUGAUCGCCGCCACGCUGGGACUCAGCGUGGAGAUGGAGGACGAACUGGAGUGCCUGAUAAGUGGCUGCAAUUUCCUUCUCAAGAACAUCACUGAUGAGGUGUUCGAGUACCAGCGACACGGAAACCCCGAGUACAAGUUCAACAACACCGACCCCAACGUGUUCCCUUACCUGCUCGUCAACAUUGGAUCCGGUGUCAGCAUCAUGAAGGUCGAGUCGGAUGACAAGUACGAGCGCAUUGGCGGGUCGGCCACCGGGGGCGGCACCUUCUGGGGCCUCGGCUCGCUCAUGACCAAGGCCAAGAGCUUUGAUGAUCUUCUGGAGCUUGCUGAGCGAGGCGACCACCGCAGAGUGGACAUGCUUGUCAAGGACAUCUACGGCGGCAACUACGAGGCAGUGGGCCUUACAAGCGACCUCAUUGCCUGCUCAUUUGGCAAAACAGUCCGCCAUACUGGAAACGGCACUGCUUCUGGCAAGGACGACGAAGAUGGCACUCGGGAGUUCAGUGAAAGCGACAUAGCCCGCAGCCUGCUGUUCAUGAUCAGCAAUGACAUAGGCCAGAUCGCCAGCCUGUACGCACUCAUGCACGGCCUCGAUAGAGCCUAUUUCGGAGGCUACUUUCUGCGUGGGCACCCCCUCAGCAUGCACACCAUCUCCUUCGCCAUCAACUAUUGGAGCAAGGGCAAAGUGCGAGCGUCGUUCCUGCGACACGAAGGCUACCUGGGUGCCAUCGGCGCUUUUCUUAAAGGGGCCAGUGAAUACGGCACCGAGAACUGCUCAUGGAGCGAGAACUAUGCGGGCAGCUCUGGCCUGCAGAGCCCCAUACCUGCCCAGCUGUCUCAGCAUAACAGUACCAUGAUCGACCAGUUGGAGAUGGACCGGUUUGAGUGGCAGCUGGUGUACUGCCCACUGCUUGCGGAUCCAGCACGUUACCUGGCUGACACUGUGGACCUGACUCAGGAUGCCGAGGCUCGCCGCUACUGGCUCCAAUGCUUCCAGGAGGCCAUUGACAAGUUUGUCGAGGUGGCCAUCCGCAGCCAGCCCCACAAGCCGGAUGCGCCUCUGCGUGCAGCCCAAUUCCGGGAGAAGUACCUGUGUCGCCUGCAAAACCUUCAGGAUCACCCUUUUGCCUAUGGCUCCCUGACAGUGCGGAGUCUGUUGGACAUGCGAGAGCACUGCCUUGCUGAGUUUGAAUUCCCAGACCCUUACUUCCAGCAAAAGCGGCUGGAGAAUGAAGCAGCGCUGCGGCUGCUGCCGUCACGGCUGUCGCAGCUGGAUGCCAUGGAGUGGCGUGAGCGGCAGGAGGCUCUUGUCACGGGCCUGCUAGCUGGCAACGUCUUUGACUGGGGCGCCAAGGAGGUGGCACGGCUGCUCAACAGCGGUGACUUUGGUUUCUCUGAGGCACGCAGUCACCUCCAAGAGCGUCCUUGGCUUCAGGACAACCUGGACACGUGGAUCGAGCGGUUGGAGAAAGGGCCCGUGCACCAGUGUGCGGCCAUCUUUGUCGACAACAGUGGCAUGGACGUGCUGCUGGGUGUGCUGCCAUUUGCCCGAGAACUCAUCUCACGAGGCACAAAGGUGCUGCUGUGCGCCAACACCCGUCCCGCUCUGAACGACGUGACCCACCAGGAACUGCAGAUCCUCGUGCAGAGGGUGGCCGACGGCGUGUGCCCAAAAAUGCGCGAGGCUCUAGUGCAAGGUCACCUGCAGGUGCUCGACUCAGGGCAGAGCUCGCCCUGCCUCGACCUCAGCCGCAUCAAUGUGGAGGUGGCGAGGCGCAUGCGGGAGCUUGGCACGGACUUGGUGGUCUUGGAAGGCAUGGGUCGGGCCGUGCACACCAAUCUGGAGGCCCGUUUCUGCUGCGAAGCCAUCAAGGCAGCCGUCAUCAAGAACCACUGGCUGGCGCAGCGCCUGGGUGGUGCCAUGUUUUCCGUUGUCUUUCGCUACGAGGUGCCAGAGUCCCAAAAGGAGAAUACUGAGAGAGCGACCUCGGACAGCACUUCAGCCACUGUGUCCACACACUGACAGCCCACUGAAUGUCUCAAAAACCGAGACAACCUGAAACCAAGAAGCCUUGGACAGUGAUACGUCUGUUUUGUUUUGUUUGCACAAACUUUUUUUUUUCUCUCCCAAUUCUAGGACAGCCAAACAAAACAAAACAAAAAGUGAGAGAUAGGUGCUCACUGGACUCUGGGGUGUUUUGCGCACCUUUCUUAUUGUAGCCCAGUUUGUGUACGUCUCAUGUCUUGUAUAUAUGCCAUGUACAGAAUGGACAGCACUUGUUUGUAUAUAGGAGAGAUUAGACAAAUGAAGCCACCUCUGGCUGAUGUAUUCUGUAAAAGUUUUUAAUGUGGGGGCACCAACUGCACCCUUCAAAUAAAGCUCGAAGAAAGUGGA